AUGAAAAAAUAUUGUGGGCAAUUCAGAAACUCAACUUGGGAUCCCAUUCUCAUAAUGUCUCAAAUAGUGGCUCUUCAAGCUUUAUUCUAUUUAAGUUUAGGUGCUAUUGUUUUUCUGAUGGAUUGUUUAUUAGGGUCUUCAAGGUCUCUGGAUCACCUAUUUAAAUACCAGGAAAUUCAUGUGAGAGACUUGGGUGGGAAAUUAAUUAUUGCUGGAUUUAUAAUAAAUGCAUUAUUCGGAGCAUUUGGACUUUGGUUCAUCGUGGAAAGAACUAAGCAAUGUUUGGACUUUUCAUCGACAGCUCAUCUUAUUCAUUUGAUUGCAUGUUGGAAUUACAAUUCAUCAUUUCCUAAUACACUAUCUUGGUGGCUUUUAAAUUUAGCCUGCUUAGGGAUAAUGUGUAUUUCAGGUGAAUUUCUUUGCCUUAGAAGUGAAUUGAGAGCCAUUCCUAUAAAUUUCACACCAAAAGUAGAUUUAUAA